AUGGAGAAGCCUGUCGAAACCUUGCUCAAUUUAGACGAGAUUGAAGAUGCAGCCACUAAAGUUGUGAGCAAAAAGGCAUGGGCCUAUUAUUAUUCGGCAUGCGAUGACAAGAUCAGCAAGCACAAAAACACCGAGGUUUUCCGCUCCAUUCAAUUAAGGCCAAAAGUCUUUGUCGACUGCACCGAAUGUGAUUUAAACACUAAAUUGUUAGACAAUCAUGUGUCUAUUCCAAUUUAUGUUUCCCCUGCAGCUAUGGCCCGACUAGGGCACCCUUCGGGUGAGGCUGGAAUCGCAGAGGCAUGUCGUAGCUUCGGUGCUUUGCAGAUCAUUUCCAAUAGUGCAUCAAUGACACCGGAGCAAAUCGUUGCGGGGGCCGCCCCGGGCCAAGCAUUUGGCUGGCAAUUGUAUGUGCAGCACGAUCGAACCAAGAGUGAACGAAUGCUCGCUCGAAUUAAUAAAUUGAGUGCAAUCAAAUUUAUUACCCUGACAUUGGAUUCCCCCGUGACCGGGAAAAGAGAGGACGAUGAACGCAGCGGCAAUGUCAUUAGUUCUGAGGCUCCGUACCAGACUGACAAAAAUGACACCGGGGAAAUAAUCCCGGCUGCAGACCCAGUGUUCAAGGGAAUGGAUCCUGCUCUUUCAUGGACAGAGACCCUCGCGUGGUUGGCAAAGCACACCGAUCUCCCCGUUGUUCUCAAGGGCAUCCAAACGCACGAAGAUGCGUAUAUUGCUACCCUACAUACACCCCAGGUGAAAGGAAUUAUCCUUUCAAACCAUGGUGGUCGGUCUCUCGACACGGCUCCUCCUGCUGUCCAUACCCUGCUCGAAAUUCGGAAAUACUGCCCCGAGGUCUUCGACAAGAUUGAAGUGUGGGUUGACGGCGGCAUCAAGAGGGGAACUGAUGUGGUUAAGGCUCUUUGUUUGGGCGCACGCGGUGUUGGAAUAGGAAGAGCUGCGCUCUGGGGAUUGGGAGCUGGAGGAGUGGACGGGGUAAAGAGAACAUUGCAAAUAUUGACUAACGAGACCAAAACAUGCAUGCGACUUCUCGGGGCAAAGAGUGUUGAUGAGCUCGGAAAAGAACACAUAAAUACUCGACUGGUAGAGAAAGAGAUUUAUGAUGGGCCGUCUGGUCUCGAAGCCUGUCGGGCAAACUUCCGAUCAAAACUGUAA